UGCUUCUCCCGACCAAACAGGUCUGUUACGGAGAGAGAAACAGCGAAGACGGUGCGCCGGCUAAUUAUCGGGACCCUUGGGGAUCCCCGGCAUGGAACGUUAUCACGGAUUAUCGUAGCCUAACACCAGGAAGAGACCGCACAUCUUGAUACGGGAUGUCUGCUAAAAGCAAGCAGAGGAGGAAGCCUGAAAUAGGCAAGUGACAGCGCUUGGGCUGGCCGCUAAUGCCAAGUUUUCUGCUCCUAUGUGGAGCCUCAGCGCUGGGCCACAGCUGAUUAGCAUGCUAGCACAACACAACAGGCCAUGGCAUUCUGGACGAAUCUCAAGCUCCUGCUCUGGAAGAACAUCACUUAUCGCAGGAGGAACACGGUCCAGCUCAUUAUCGAGCUGCUUUGGCCCCUCUUCCUGUUUGUCAUCCUCAUUUCUGUCCGCUUCUCUCAUCCUCCGUACAAGCAGAGGCAAUGUCAUUUUCCCAACAAGGCGCUUCCUUCAGCAGGCUCACUAGCCUGGGUGCAAGGCAUCAUCUGCAACAUCAACAACCCAUGCUUUCAGCAGCCCACUCAGGGUGAGACCCCAGGCUGGGUGGACAACUUUGACAAAUCCAUAAUCUCUCGACUUUUUGUUGAUAUCAGAACCAUCUUGGCCUACGGUGGCAAUCAUUCAGCCUUUUCAGAGUUCCAAGACAUACGAUUGGCACUCCAAAAAAUUAGAGGAAGUCCAAGCGUCUGGCCAGACAUGCCUGUGGAGGAGUACCUGCGUCCCAAUGAGACCUUCUCCACUUUCCUCCUGGUUAAUGGGAGCUUGGCUCCAGCUACCCUGGACCAGCUUAUGACAGCACGGCUCAACUUCCAGGCCGUGUCACUGGCUGGAGCGGGCUUUGAUCUGAAGCAGGUUGUGUGCAAUGCCACCCUGCUGGGUCAAUACAUGACCGUAGGUGGAGGUGAUUCUUUGGGGGAGCUGCAGGAGUCUCUGUGUGCGAUGCCCUCCGACAUGCUGCAGGCAGCCCAGCGGAUGUUCUUCUCCCAGCUGGACUACAGUAAGAUCUUCAUGAGGAACCGGCCGAUGUCGAAUUUUGACGAACUGCGGAUCCUUAGCGAUGCGGUCGCUUCCGUUUCCGGAGAGAUGGCGUCCCUCUUAAACAAUUUGACCUCCAUGUCCAGCUUCUCAGAGCUGAUGGCAGAGCUGCACACUUUGUCCCCGGAGAACGGCUCGGCCUCCCCCCGCGAGAGCUUCAGGGCCGUCUCUCGGGUCAUGUGUGGCCACCCAGAGGGAGACGGGGAGCAGAUCCCUUCACUCAACUGGUAUGAGGACAAUGACAUCAAGUCCUUCCUGAGCACGACGAGCAGCGAGGAAGAAGCCACACAAAAGCACAACACCACUCCAUACUGCGAGAGUCUGAUUGGGAACCUGGAGUCCAAUAUGCUGUCACGUAUUGUGUGGCGAGGAGUCAAACCACUGCUCACUGGCAAGCUGCUCUUUGCACCAGACACGCCCAUCACGCGCCGCAUCAUGGCAGAGGUGAAUAAAACCUUCCAGGACCUGACGAUUCUGGAGGAUGUUGCAGGUGCUUGGGAGGAGCUCGGACCACAAAUCAGGACUUUUAUGGAAAGUAGCCCCGAGGUUCAGCUCCUACAGGAUCUUUUGGGACGCCCCGACUUGGCAACACUUGUAGACCUUCGCUUGGAGAACAGCUCCUGGACAGCUGCACGAAUUUCCGAGUUCUUGUCCACACGGCCUUUGAACACUUCUAUGAGUUCUGGUGCGACGCCCACAUGGCGAGAUGUUUACCAGGACAUAAACAACACCGUUGGCAUCAUCUCACAGAUCACCAAGUGCUUCUCCGUGAACAAGCUGGAGGGCCUGGCCUCUGAGGGCGACCUGGUGGAAAAGGCCUUGGAGCUCCUGGAGAGCCGGCAGUUUUGGGCUGGUAUAGUGUUCCUGCUGCCCGAUCCCUCCACCCUGCCUUCACACAUCUCCUACAAAAUCCGAAUGGACAUAGAUGAUGUUACCCGCACCAAUAAGAUCAAGGACAGAUUCUGGGAUCCUGGACCAGCAGCAGACCCCCUGGAUGACAUGCGCUACGUCUGGGGCGGCUUCGUGUAUGUGCAGGAUCUGGUGGAACGGAGCCUCUCUCGCAUGCUCAGUGGCACAAAGCAGGACUUCGGCAUCUACGUGCAACAGAUGCCCUACCCCUGCUACGUGGACGACGUCUUCCUCCGGGUGCUGAACCGCUCCCUGCCUCCCUUCAUGACGCUGGCGUGGAUCUACUCCGUGGCCAUGAUCAUCAAGGGCGUGGUGUACGAGAAGGAGGCUCGCCUGAAGGAGACCAUGCGAAUCAUGGGUCUGGGCACCGGCACUCUCUGGGCCAGCUGGUUCAUCAGUAGCUUUGUCCCUUUCGUCAUCAGUGCAGCUCUCCUCGUUUCUCUACUGAAGUGGGGGGACAUCCUGCCCUACAGUGACCCAGCAGUGGUACUCUUCUUCCUCACCGCCUUCGCCACGGCCACCAUCAUGCUCUGCUUCCUGAUCAGCACCUUCUUCUCCCGCGCCAACCUGGCGGCUGCCUGUGGAGGCCUCAUCUACUUCGCCCUCUACCUGCCUUAUGUGCUUUGCGUUGCCUGGAGGGAUCUCCUCACCAUUGAGCUGAAGAUCUUGGCUAGCCUGCUUUCUCCAGUAGCGUUUGGUUUUGGUUGCGAGUAUUUUUCCCUGUAUGAGGAACAAGGCAUAGGCAUCCAGUGGUACAACUGGCCCUCCAGCCCGAUGGAGGGAGAUUCCUACAACUUCGGCUCGGCCAUCGCUCUCCUGUUUAUCGACGCACUGAUAUAUGGGAUUGCUGCAUGGUACAUUGAUGCGGUUUUUCCAGGGGACUUUGGGAUCCCCAGGCCUUGGAACUUCAUGUUCCAGCUAAAUUACUGGGCUGGAAGACCCCUAGAAACGAGGAUGUCCAUUCCCCCUCCUCACAGAGACGAGUCCCAGAUUUGUGUGGAGGACGACCCCCCCAACCUCCCCCUGGGGGUGGCCGUGCACAACCUGGUCAAAAUUUACAAGCAAGGUGCUAAGCUGGCCGUCAACAACCUCAAUCUCAACUUCUACGAAGGACAGAUUACCUCCUUCCUGGGUCACAACGGCGCGGGCAAGACCACCACCAUGUCCAUCCUUACUGGCCUGUUCCCCCCCACAGCUGGUACCGUCUACAUCCAGGGGAUGGACAUUCGCACGGACAUGGAUACCAUCCGCAAGACCCUCGGCGUCUGUCCGCAGCAUAACGUCCUUUUUGACAUUCUGACUGUGGAGGAACACGUGUGGUUCUACGGGCGCCUGAAAGGCCGGACAGGAGCAGAAGUGGCGAAUGAGAUGGACAAGCUCCUGCAGGACGUGGGUCUGGAGCACAAGCGGCACGAGCCGGCCAAGAACCUCUCUGGUGGAAUGCAGAGGAAGCUGUCUGUGGCCAUCGCUUUCGUGGGGGGCUCCAAGGUGGUGAUCCUGGACGAGCCCACGGCCGGCGUGGACCCCUACUCCCGUCGGGGCAUCUGGGACCUCCUACUCAAGUACCGAAAAGACCGCACCGUCAUCCUGUCCACCCAUUACAUGGAUGAGGCCGACCUCCUAGGGGACAGGAUUGCCAUCAUCUCUAAGGGACAGUUAUGCUGCUGUGGUUCCUCCAUCUUCCUGAAGGCCCGUCUGGGCACCGGCUAUUACCUCACUGUCGUCAAAGGUGACGGCGAGCCAGUGGGGGACGGGACCAGUGCGGCUGGCAAGCCGGCGACCCCCCCCUCCAACAAGGAUAAUGACUCCUCCCUGAGCGAUGACACAGGACUAGGAGAGGAGAGCGCCUCCGGCGUGGCAGCUCUGCUGACUCUGGCACGGCGGCACAUGUCGGAGGUGCGGCUGGUGGAGGACGUGGGAAGGGAGGCGGUGAUCAGCUUCCCCCAUGCGGCCGCCGAGGACGGCAGCCUGGCCGCCUUUCUGGCCGAGCUGGACAGGAGGCUGAGCGAGUUGGGCUGCACCGGCUACGGCCUGGCGGACACCACGCUGGAGGAGGUGUUCCUGAAAGUGGCCGAGGAGACCGGAGUGGACACUGACCCUGACACUGAAGCGGGCCCUGAGCAUCGGGAGCCGGCAGAGGAGGCAGAGACUGAUCAUGCGGAGACGGACCCUCUGAGCGGCGGUGGGAGAGGCAGCGCACCCCCAUCUGGGCGGGCUCUGACGCUGCAGCAGCUGCGCUCGCUCUUCAUCAAGAGGUGGCUGUACGCCCGCCGCAGUCGGCGGGGCCUCUUCGCACAGAUUAUCCUGCCUGCUGUGUUUGUGCUGGUCGCCCUCCUCUUCAGCCUGAUUGUGCCUCCUUUUGGAAAGUAUCCAUCUCUCGAGCUUGAGCCUUGGAUGUAUGGAGAGCAGUACACCUUUUUUAGCAAUGAUGCCCCUGGGAAACCCGCCGUUGAAAAUUUACUUGAGGCAUUGUUGGAUCGGCCUGGAUUUGGGACCAAGUGCAUGGAAAUUAAUGGGGAGAGCCCCUGCACAGAGGACUGGGGCGCUGUGUUCAGGACGCCUCAGGUACCUUACUCAACAUGGAAGCUCUUUGAGUCUGGGAACUGGAGCAGCGAGCAGCCCUCACUGGAGUGCCAGUGCAGCACCAGUGAGAUCCGCAGGAUGCUGGCAGAGUGCCCCGACGGUGCUGGGGGGCUGCCCCCUCCCCAGGUCAAGAGACCCACUGGAGAUAUCCUGCAGAACAUGACCGGGCGUAAUAUCUCUGACUACCUUGUCAAGACGUACCCGCAGAUUCUGCGUAAGAGCUUGAAGACCAAAAAAUGGGUCAAUGAGUUCAGAUACGGUGGGUUCUCCCUAGGAAACAGCAGAUUCCAGCCUAUGUCACAAGGCCAACAGUUGGAGGAAUCUGUCUUGGCAAUAAGGAGCCGCUACAGAAUAGAAGAGAACAGCUCGGUGGACCGACUGCUAGAUAGACUGCCUGGAUUUCUCGAUGGACUGAACAGUGAAAACCACGUGAAAGUGUGGUUCAACAACAAGGGCUGGCACGCCAUGGUGACCUUUGUGAACAUCGUGAACAAUGGGCUUCUCCGCGCCAGCCUUCCAGCUGGAGCUGAGAGAAGCAGCUACGGCAUAACGGCCUACAACCACCCACUCAACCUCACCAAAGAGCAACUGGCUCAGGUAGCAAUGAUGAGCACGUCGGUGGACGUGCUGGUGUCUAUCUGCGUGAUGUUUGCCAUGUCCUUUGUGCCGGCCAGCUUCGUCCUGUUCCUCAUUGAGGAGAGGGUCAGCAAGGCCAAGCACCUUCAGUUUGUCUGCGGGGUCAAACCUCUGCUGUACUGGCUGGCCAACUUCACCUGGGAUAUGAUUAACUAUGCAGUGCCGGCUGCCAUGGUGGUCAUCAUCUUUAUUUGCUUCCAGCAGCAGGCAUAUGUAUCUGAAACGAAUCUGCCUGCACUGGUCUUGCUGCUCCUGCUAUAUGGAUGGUCCAUCACGCCCCUCAUGUAUCCUGCCUCCUUCAUCUUCAGCAUCCCCAGCACUGCCUAUGUGCUCCUCACAUCUGUCAACCUCUUCGUUGGCAUCAACGGCAGCGUAGCCACUUUUGUCCUGGAGCUUUUCACGGAUCAGUACCUGAAUGACAUAAAUAAGAUCCUGAAGAAGGUCUUUCUAAUCUUCCCGCACUUCUGUCUGGGCCGUGGGCUCAUCGACAUGGCAAAGAACCAAGCCUUGGUUGAUGCCUUCCAGCGUCUGGGUGCCAAGCAAACCCUGAAUCCCCUUUCCUGGGAUUUUGUGGGAAAGAACUUGUUUGCCAUGGCGGUGGAGGGCUUGGUCUUCUUCCUCUUUACCCUACUGCUGCAAUACAAGUUCUUCAUGAGCUGGAAGCACCUUGAGCUCCGGUCUCUGCCUGAGUCCACGUUGCCUCCUUUGGGUCCAGAGGACCAGGACGUAGCGAAGGAGAGGGAGAGAGUGAAGUCUGGGAAUGCAAGGAACGAUUUAUUGGUCAUGAAUGAUCUGAGUAAGGUGUACAGGGUGGGCAGGAAGCCUGCAGUGGAUCGGCUUUGCCUGGGGAUUCCUCCCGGGGAGUGUUUCGGGCUGCUGGGGGUUAAUGGUGCGGGGAAGACGUCGACAUUCCGCAUGCUGACGGGGGACACCUGUGUCUCCCACGGAGAGGCUUUCCUUUGUGGCCACAGGUCGGGAGCACUUGGAGUUCUACGCCCGCCUUCGCGGUGUCCCCGAGGACCGUGUGACUAAGUUAGCCCAGUGGGGAGUAGAGAAGCUUGGGCUGACCCUCUAUUCUGACCGGAAGGCGGGAGGAUACAGUGGGGGCAACAAGCGCAAACUCUCUACUGCCAUUGCUCUCAUCGGUGCCCCCCCAGUCAUAUUCCUGG